AUGGGUUAUCUAAUACUGACAAAAUUUUUAUUGCUGGUAAUAUCUAUCUAUCUAUCUAUCUAUCUAUCUAUCUAUCUUAGUAUAUAUUGGUUUGUUUUGUUUUACGUCAUAUCAACCUCAAUGGGUUUAUCUAAUAAUGACAAAAUUUUUAUUGCUGGUAAUAUCUAUCUAUCUAUCUAUCUAUCUAUCUAUCUAUCUUAUAUUAUAUUUGUAUAUAUUUUGUUUGUUUUGUUUUACGUCAUAUCAACCUCAAUGGGUUAUCUAAUACUGACAAAAUUUUUAUUGCUGGUAAUAUCUAUCUCUAUCUAUCUAUCUAUCUAUCUAUCUAUCUAUCUUAUAUAUUGGAUGGUAAUAAUAUCUAUCUAUCUAUCUAUCUAUCUUCUAUCUAUCUAUUGUAUAUUUGGUUUGUUUUGUUUUUUACGUCAUAUCAACCUCAAUGGGUUAUUUAAUGCUGACAAAAUUUUUAUUGCUGGUAAUAUCUAUCUAUCUAUCUAUCUAUCUAUCUAUCUAUCUUUCUAUCUUAGUAUAUAUUGGUUUGUUUUGUUUUUUUACGUCAUAUCAACCUCAAUGGGUUAUCUAAUGCUGACAAAAUUUUUAUUGCUGGUAAUAUCUAUCUAUCUAUCUAUCUAUCUAUUAUCUUCUAUCUAUCUAUAG